CUCAUAGAAUAUGAUAGGAAAUUCUAUUAUUUAUAUCUAAAUAACAUAAUUACACAGGGAAAAUAAGAAUCCUAGUAAAAUAAAAGUUAAUUCCAAGUCAAUACAAAUAUAAUUUAGAAUCCGAACCAAAAGGAACUCUCUCAGCAAGUCUGUUACAAACAAAGCCGAUUUGUUUUCUUCAAAGAAAUCCACCACACGGAUCUAUUGCAAUUCCGUUCCACUCACCUUUUUAAAUCAAUACUCAAUCUGUGUGAUUUAUUCCAUUUCGUACAACAACAGCAUUAUGUUUCUUGAUAAUGGAGUUGAGUUCUCUCUAAAAGUUCUGAUAAACAAAGAGAAGAACAAAGUACUAUUUGCAGAAGUCGACAGCGAUUUCGCAGAAGUUCUGCUGAGUUUUUUAACUUUGCCACUGGGAACAAUUGCGAGAGUUCUGAAGAAGCACUACGGAGACAAAGACGCAACGACACCUGUCAAUAUCGGAAGCCUAACCACUUUGUACGAUGGAUUAUCGAAUCUUGAAAGCAUCAAUGUACAGAGUCCAUUCCGUAAGUCCAUGCUUCUCUACCCCGUAAGUUCGUUUGAAGGUGAAUGCCGAAAGCUUAAACUCGAUAUCAGUGAUCCUUUGACCGUUACCUACUUUUCUUGCCCGGACUGGAAUUGUACGCACCGAUGGUCAAAGAUGGCAAUGCGAGGAGAUACUACCGGAACUUGCGUUUGUGGGAAAAUGAAGAACAAAAGCGUUUGUUUAGACGAGUCUGAAACUGCUGUUCAUGGAUCCGGUGGAGUUUUCACGAUUAAGACGACUUCUUUCUUGAUCUCUGAUGAUCUGAGAAUGGUGCCUAAUGUGGCGGUAGGCUUUGUGCAAACUCUCCGAAAUCUUGGCAUCACCGAUACUAAAGGCGCCGAGCUAAGGAAUGUGACUUUUGGGUUCAAUGAGGUUAUGGAUUUGCUCAAGGCCUCGUUAAUGUCGCGUACUCCGCUAACCGACCUUAUACUCAAUAAAACAAAGGUUUAUGAUGACUUUGUCAGGCUAAAAUACGACGCGGGAAUUUCCUUCCAAGAGAAGGAAAAAUCAGAAGCGACCAAGAAGAUGAAUAUAAGGUUGGUGGUAAAAAAAUCGAACAAUAAGUUAUUGUUUGCUCAAGCGGAUGAUGAUUUCGUAGAUUUCCUUUUUUCUUUUCUUACCAUCCCACUAGGAGGAGUUGAGUGCCUUUUGGGCAGUAACACUUGUCUUAAGAGUAUAGACAAUUUGUAUAAGAGCAUAGCGGAUUUUAUCGAUGACAAGUAUUGGGUGAGUCCAAGUAUCAAAAAUAGGGUGAUGAAACCCAAUCUACCUAAAGGUUAUGUUUCCGAAGGUACGAUUCUUCCUCUUAGUGAACAAGUUACUCUAUAUUACCAUCGGGAUAUGAACCAGAAAAAAGAAUGGUUGUCAUAUUCAAUUGGAAAAAAAUCGGGAUGGGUUGGUGAAAUGGUGUUCAGUCGAGGCCAAGAGAAUUUUGUUAGAGGAACAAAAAUGUACAUGGUGAUCGAUGAUUUAACCGUGACUCCUAUGUGUAUGACCUCAACCCUUUCUAUACUGAAGAAAAUGGAAAUCCCUUUAUCUGAUGUCAAAGAAGUGGAGGUGCACGUUGGAUUGCAAGAGGCUUUAAGCAUACUGAAGGCAUCUCUGACAUCGACGUCUGCUUUGACCGAUGGCCUGAAGAUCAAUAGCAUGUUAAAGAAAAAGCCUAACCAUGCAAGUGCAUUUAUAAGGCGGUUCGCACAAUUGUUUAAUUAGUAAUUUUAAUUGCACCAUGCAUGGAUUAUUUUGUUUCCCAAUAAUGGUAUUAGGCCAGUACUAUACAAGUUGUAGUUACUUCAUUGUUCAGGCCUUCAGGGGUAACUGAUAAUUUAGCUAAUAUUUACUGAAAUUGUGUUUUCUGAUCGGAAUUGUUUUAUGGUCGUAAUAAUAAGGAUUGAUUAAAAGAUUGAGCUUUGGUCCCUUUACUUUUUUAUAUUAUUAUUGCCUCAUAGAUUUGUAUUUUGUUAUGCAAUUGUCUAUGCAUGUUAGUAUUAAUAUUAUUAUCAACUAUCCGGUUGCAAUUGACCAUUAAAUUAUGUAAUUAAUUAGGAAAAUAAUAAAAAUAUUUUGAAAUUUGCUAUUCAAACACAAUUCUAACUUUUCAGAAAUUACGAAGAUAGUAAAAUUUUUCUCCCUCGUACUUGCUUUACUUUUGCCAAAUGCGAAAUAUGGAAAUUCUAGAUUUUAAAUUUUGUUUUCCAGAAU